UCGUCCCCGUCCAGUCUGAGGACCGGCCAGAGAGUGGGCUGCUGGGUGGGAGCCGUGUCAGUCCUGGGCCCGUGGAGGGAGGUGAGACCCAGCAGCCCCUGUUCCAUCGUCUGUGCCCUACGCCUGGGUGCUGCUCCCAGCCUCCCGUAGAGACAGGUCCCUCCUGCCGCCCCCACCGCUACCAUGGAUCACUCAUUCAGUGGGGCACCCCGAUUCCUGACCAGGCCCAAGGCCUUCAUGGUGUCGGUGGGCAAGGACGCCACGCUGAGCUGCCAGAUCGUGGGCAACCCCACGCCGCAGGUGAGCUGGGAGAAAGACCAGCAGCCCGUGGAGGCGGGUGCUCGCUUCCGCCUGGCCCAGGACGGCGACCUGUAUCGUCUCACCAUCUUAGACCUGGCCCUGGGCGACAGCGGGCAGUAUGUGUGCCGCGCGCGCAACGCCAUCGGUGAGGCCUUCGCCGCUGUGGGCCUGCAGGUGGACGCCGAGGCCGCCUGCGCAGAGCAGGUGCCCCACUUCCUCCUGCGGCCCACGUCCAUCCGCGUGCGCGAGGGCGCGGAGGCCACGUUCCGCUGCCGCGUGCGCGGCUCGCCGCCUAUGGCCGUGAGCUGGGCCAAGGACGGGCGGCGCUUAGGCUCCCCUGACGCCCCCAGAGUGCGCGUGGAGGCCAGCGGCGAGGCGAGCGCGCUGUGCAUCCAGGCCACGCGGCCCCGCGACGGCGGCACCUACACGGUGCGCGCUGAGAACCCGCUGGGCGCUGCCAGUGCCGACGCAGCGCUCACCGUGGACGCGGAUGCGGACGCGGCGGGCCCUCCCGGGGCCUCCACCGCUGCGCUUCUGGCGCACCUGCAGUGGCGGCGCGAGGCGAUACGCGCCGAUGGUGCCCCGGCCUCGCCACCGGGUUCUGGCACGCGCACAUGCACCGUGACUGAAGGCAAGCACGCGCGCCUCAGCUGCUACGUGACGGGGGAGCCAAAGCCAGAGACCGUGUGGAAGAAGGAUGGGCAGCUGGUGGUUGAGGGCCGGCGACACGUGGUGUACGAGGACGCCCAGGAGAACUUCGUGCUCAAGAUCCUCUUCUGUAAGCAGUCGGACCGGGGCCUCUACACCUGCACGGCGUCCAACCUGGUGGGCCAAACUUACAGCUCCGUGCUGGUCGUCGUCCGAGAGCCCGCGGUGCCCUUCAGGAAGCGGCUGCAGGACCUGGAGGUGCGGGAGAAAGAGUCGGCCACGUUCCAGUGCGAGGUGGAGCUGCCGGCCACGGAGGCCGCGUGGUACAAGGAGGAGACGCGGCUGUGGGCCAGCGCCAAGUACGGCAUCGAGGAGGAGGGCACCGAGCGCCGGCUGACGGUGCGCAAUGUCUCGGCCGACGACGACGCCGUCUACAUCUGCGAGACGGCGGAGGGCAGCCGCACGGUGGCGGAGCUCGCAGUGCAAGGCAACCUCAUCCGGAAGCUCCCGAGGAAGACCGCGGUGCGAGUGGGGGACACGGCCAUGUUCUGUGUGGAGCUGGCCCAGCCCGAGGACUCCGUCCACUGGCUGAGGAACCAGGAGGAGGUGGUGGCCGGGGGUCGCGUGGCCAUCAUCACAGAAGGCACGUGCCACACGCUGACCAUCUCCAAGUGCAGCCUGGAGGACAUGGGCGAGGUGACCUUCAUGGCUGGGGACUGCCGGACAACGACACAGUUCUUUGUGUCUGCCCCUAGGAAGCCGCCCCUGCACGCACCUGAGGCCCCCAUGGUGAAGUCCAGGACAGAGUGCUCCGUGACCCUUGGCUGGUCCCCACCACCCCACGGGGACCACCCUGUCCCCAUCGAUGGUUAUCUGGUGGAGAAGAAGCGGCUUGGUGCCCACACCUGGAGCCGGUGCCACGAGGCUGAGUGGGUGGGUGCACAGGAGCUGACUGUGGCCAGCGUGUCUGAGGAGGGGGACUUCCAGUUCCGGGUGUCCGCUCUGAACAGCUUUGGCCACAGCCCCUACCUCGAGUUCCCAGGGACUGUGCACCUGACCCCCCAGCUUGCCGUGAGGACGCCUCUGAAGGCAGUGGAGGCUGUGGAGGGUGGUGAGGUGACCUUCUCCGUGGACCUCACUUUGGCCUCGGCGGGCGAGUGGUUCCUGGACGGGCAGGCCCUGAAGGCCAGCAGCGUGUACAUGAUCUGUCAGGACGGCACACGGCAUGCCCUUACCAUCCACUCAGUGUCCGCCAGCAUGCACGGUGCUGAGCUCAAGUUCGUGGCCAACGGCAUUGAAAGCAGCAUCCGCAUGGAGGUCCGAGCGGCCCCAGGGAUGACCACCAGGCGUCCAGUAACAGCUGUGAGGGAAGUGCUGGCCCGGCUGCAUGAGGAGGCACAGCUGCUGGCUGAGCUGUCAGACCAGGCUGCAGCAGUGACGUGGCUGAAGGAUGGCCAUGUGUUGCCACCAGGCCCCAAGUAUGAGGUGCAGGCCAUGGCCGGACAACGGGCACUGCUGGUGCGGGAUGUGGUUCGAGAUGAUGCUGGCCUCUACGAGUGUGUCAGCCGUGGGGGCCGCAUCGCCUACCAGCUCCUGGUGCAAGGGCUCACUCCCUUUCUGCACAAGGACACUGCUGGUGGCUGUGUGGAUGCUGUGGCUGGAGGCCCAGCCCACUUCGAAUGCGAGACCUCGGAGGCCCAUGUGAGUGUGCACUGGUACAAGGAUGGAAUGGAGCUCAACCGCUCCAGCCAGCGUUUCUUGCAGGAGGACGUGGGCUCACGGCACCGGCUGGUGGCAGCCUCGGUCACCAGGCAGGAUGAGGGUACCUACUCGUGCCGUGUGGGCGAGGACUCCGUGGAUUUCCAGUUGCGUGUCUCUGAGCCCUCUGCAGUGUUUGCCAAGGACCAGCCAGCACGCAGGGAGGUGCUGGCCAAGGCUGGGGCCAGUGCCACCCUGAGCUGCGAGGUGGCCCAGAACAAGACAGAGGUGAUGUGGUACAAGGACGGGAAGAAGCUGAGUGCGAGCUCCAACGUGCACAUGGAGGCCAAGGGCUGCAGCAGGCGGCUGGUGGUGCAGCCCGCGGGGAAGGCGGAUGCCGGGGAGUACAGCUGCGAGGCCGGGGGCCAGAAGGUGUCCUUCCGCCUGGACCUCACAGAACCUGCAUUAGUGUUUGCCAAGGACCAGCCAGCAUUCAGGGAGGUGCAGGCCAAUGUGCGGGCCAGUGCCACCCUGAGCUGCGAGGUGGCCCAGGCCCAUACAGAGGUGACGUGGUACAAGGACGGGAAGAAGCUGAAUGCGAGCUCCAACGUGCAUGUGGAGGCCAAGGGCUGCAGCAGGCGGCUGGUGGUGCAGCAGGUGGGGAAGGCGGAUGCCGGGGAGUACAGCUGCGAGGCCGGGGGCCAGAAGGUGUCCUUCCGCCUGGACGUCACAGAGCCCUCCAUGGUGUUUGCCAAGGAGCAGCCAGCACACAGUGAAGUGAAGGCCAAGGCAGGGGCCAGUGCCACCCUGAGCUGUGAGGUGGCCCAGGCCCAGACAGAGGUGACGUGGUACAAGGACGGGAAGAAGCUGAGUGCGAGCUCCAACGUGCACAUGGAGGUCAAGGGCUGCAGCAGGCGGCUGGUGGUGCAGCCCGCGGGGAAGGCAGAUGCUGGGGAGUAUAGCUGCGAGGCUGGGGGCCAGAAGGUGUCCUUCCGGCUGGACGUCACAGAGCCCUCUGUGGCGUUUGCCAAGGAGCAGCCAGCACGCAGUGAGGUGCUCUGCAAGGCGGGGGCCAGUGCCACCCUGAGCUGCGAGGUGGCCCAGACCCAGACAGAGGUGACGUGGUACAAGGACGGGAAGAAGCUGAGUGCGAGCUCCAAGGUGCACGUGGAGGCCAAGGGCUGCAGCAGGCGGCUGGUGGUGCAGCCCGCGGGGAAGGCGGAUGCCGGGGAGUACAGCUGUGAGGCAGGGGGCCAGAAGGUGUCCUUCCGGCUGGAUGUUGCAGAGCCUCCAGCUGUGUUUGCCAAGGAGCAGCCAGCACGCAGUGAGGUGCUCUGCAAGGCGGGGGCCAGUGCCACCCUGAGCUGCGAGGUGGCCCAGGCCCAGACAGAGGUGACGUGGUACAAGGACGGGAAGAAGCUGAGUGCGAGCUCCAAAGUGCACGUGGAGGUCAAGGGUUGCAGCAGGCGGCUGGUGGUGCAGCCCGCGGGGAAGGCGGAUGCCGGGGAGUAUAGCUGCGAGGCCGGGGGCCAGAAGGUGUCCUUCCGCUUGGAUGUCACAGAACCUACACCGGUGUUUGCCAAGGAGCAGCCAGCACGCAGUGAGGUGCUCUGCAAGGCGGGGGCCAGUGCCACCCUGAGCUGCGAGGUGGCCCAGGCCCAGACAGAGGUGACGUGGUACAAGGACGGGAAGAAGCUGAGUGCGAGCUCCAAGGUGCACGUGGAGGCCAAGGGCUGCAGCAGGCGGCUGGUGGUGCAGCCCGCGGGGAAGGCGGAUGCCGGGGAGUACAGCUGCGAGGCAGGGGGCCAGAAGGUGUCCUUCCGGCUGGACGUCACAGAACCCUCUGUGGUAUUUGCCAAGGAGCAGCCAGCACGCAGUGAGGUGCUCUGCAAGGCGGGGGCCAGUGCCACCCUGAGCUGCGAGGUGGCCCAGGCCCAGACAGAGGUGACGUGGUACAAGGACGGGAAGAAGCUGAGUGCGAGCUCCAAGGUGCACGUGGAGGCCAAGGGCUGCAGCAGGCGGCUGGUGGUGCAGCCCGCGGGGAAGGCGGAUGCCGGGGAGUACAGCUGCGAGGCAGGGGGCCAGAAGGUGUCCUUCCGGCUGGACGUCACAGAACCCUCUGUGGUAUUUGCCAAGGAGCAGCCAGCACGCAGUGAGGUGCUCUGCAAGGCGGGGGCCAGUGCCACCCUGAGCUGCGAGGUGGCCCAGGCCCAGACAGAGGUGACGUGGUACAAGGACGGGAAGAAGCUGAGUGCGAGCUCCAAGGUGCACGUGGAGGCCAAGGGCUGCAGCAGGCGGCUGGUGGUGCAGCCCGCGGGGAAGGCGGAUGCCGGGGAGUACAGCUGCGAGGCAGGGGGCCAGAAGGUGUCCUUCCGGCUGGACGUCACAGAACCCUCUGUGGUAUUUGCCAAGGAGCAGCCAGCACGCAGUGAGGUGCUCUGCAAGGCGGGGGCCAGUGCCACCCUGAGCUGCGAGGUGGCCCAGGCCCAGACAGAGGUGACGUGGUACAAGGACGGGAAGAAGCUGAGUGCGAGCUCCAAGGUGCACGUGGAGGCCAAGGGCUGCAGCAGGCGGCUGGUGGUGCAGCCCGCGGGGAAGGCGGAUGCCGGGGAGUACAGCUGCGAGGCAGGGGGCCAGAAGGUGUCCUUCCGGCUGGACGUCACAGAACCCUCUGUGGUAUUUGCCAAGGAGCAGCCAGCACGCAGUGAGGUGCUCUGCAAGGCGGGGGCCAGUGCCACCCUGAGCUGCGAGGUGGCCCAGGCCCAGACAGAGGUGACGUGGUACAAGGACGGGAAGAAGCUGAGUGCGAGCUCCAAGGUGCACGUGGAGGCCAAGGGCUGCAGCAGGCGGCUGGUGGUGCAGCCCGCGGGGAAGGCGGAUGCCGGGGAGUACAGCUGCGAGGCAGGGGGCCAGAAGGUGUCCUUCCGGCUGGACGUCACAGAACCCUCUGUGGUAUUUGCCAAGGAGCAGCCAGCACGCAGUGAGGUGCUCUGCAAGGCGGGGGCCAGUGCCACCCUGAGCUGCGAGGUGGCCCAGGCCCAGACAGAGGUGACGUGGUACAAGGACGGGAAGAAGCUGAGUGCGAGCUCCAAGGUGCACGUGGAGGCCAAGGGCUGCAGCAGGCGGCUGGUGGUGCAGCCCGCGGGGAAGGCGGAUGCCGGGGAGUACAGCUGCGAGGCAGGGGGCCAGAAGGUGUCCUUCCGGCUGGACGUCACAGAACCCUCUGUGGUAUUUGCCAAGGAGCAGCCAGCACGCAGUGAGGUGCUCUGCAAGGCGGGGGCCAGUGCCACCCUGAGCUGCGAGGUGGCCCAGGCCCAGACAGAGGUGACGUGGUACAAGGACGGGAAGAAGCUGAGUGCGAGCUCCAAGGUGCACGUGGAGGCCAAGGGCUGCAGCAGGCGGCUGGUGGUGCAGCCCGCGGGGAAGGCGGAUGCCGGGGAGUACAGCUGCGAGGCAGGGGGCCAGAAGGUGUCCUUCCGGCUGGACGUCACAGAACCCUCUGUGGUAUUUGCCAAGGAGCAGCCAGCACGCAGUGAGGUGCUCUGCAAGGCGGGGGCCAGUGCCACCCUGAGCUGCGAGGUGGCCCAGGCCCAGACAGAGGUGACGUGGUACAAGGACGGGAAGAAGCUGAGUGCGAGCUCCAAGGUGCACGUGGAGGCCAAGGGCUGCAGCAGGCGGCUGGUGGUGCAGCCCGCGGGGAAGGCGGAUGCCGGGGAGUACAGCUGCGAGGCAGGGGGCCAGAAGGUGUCCUUCCGGCUGGACGUCACAGAACCCUCUGUGGUAUUUGCCAAGGAGCAGCCAGCACGCAGUGAGGUGCUCUGCAAGGCGGGGGCCAGUGCCACCCUGAGCUGCGAGGUGGCCCAGGCCCAGACAGAGGUGACGUGGUACAAGGACGGGAAGAAGCUGAGUGCGAGCUCCAAGGUGCACGUGGAGGCCAAGGGCUGCAGCAGGCGGCUGGUGGUGCAGCCCACGGGGAAGGCGGAUGCCGGGGAGUACAGCUGCGAGGCAGGGGGCCAGAAGGUGUCCUUCCGGCUGGACGUCACAGAACCCUCUGUGGUAUUUGCCAAGGAGCAGCCAGCACGCAGUGAGGUGCUCUGCAAGGCGGGGGCCAGUGCCACCCUGAGCUGCGAGGUGGCCCAGGCCCAGACAGAGGUGACGUGGUACAAGGACGGGAAGAAGCUGAGUGCGAGCUCCAAGGUGCACGUGGAGGCCAAGGGCUGCAGCAGGCGGCUGGUGGUGCAGCCCGCGGGGAAGGCGGAUGCCGGGGAGUACAGCUGCGAGGCAGGGGGCCAGAAGGUGUCCUUCCGGCUGGACGUCACAGAACCCUCUGUGGUAUUUGCCAAGGAGCAGCCAGCACGCAGUGAGGUGCUCUGCAAGGCGGGGGCCAGUGCCACCCUGAGCUGCGAGGUGGCCCAGGCCCAGACAGAGGUGACGUGGUACAAGGACGGGAAGAAGCUGAGUGCGAGCUCCAAGGUGCACGUGGAGGCCAAGGGCUGCAGCAGGCGGCUGGUGGUGCAGCCCACGGGGAAGGCGGAUGCCGGGGAGUACAGCUGCGAGGCAGGGGGCCAGAAGGUGUCCUUCCGGCUGGACGUCACAGAACCCUCUGUGGUAUUUGCCAAGGAGCAGCCAGCACGCAGUGAGGUGCUCUGCAAGGCGGGGGCCAGUGCCACCCUGAGCUGCGAGGUGGCCCAGGCCCAGACAGAGGUGACGUGGUACAAGGACGGGAAGAAGCUGAGUGCGAGCUCCAAGGUGCACGUGGAGGCCAAGGGCUGCAGCAGGCGGCUGGUGGUGCAGCCCGCGGGGAAGGCGGAUGCCGGGGAGUACAGCUGCGAGGCAGGGGGCCAGAAGGUGUCCUUCCGGCUGGACGUCACAGAACCCUCUGUGGUAUUUGCCAAGGAGCAGCCAGCACGCAGUGAGGUGCUCUGCAAGGCGGGGGCCAGUGCCACCCUGAGCUGCGAGGUGGCCCAGGCCCAGACAGAGGUGACGUGGUACAAGGACGGGAAGAAGCUGAGUGCGAGCUCCAAGGUGCACGUGGAGGCCAAGGGCUGCAGCAGGCGGCUGGUGGUGCAGCCCGCGGGGAAGGCGGAUGCCGGGGAGUACAGCUGCGAGGCAGGGGGCCAGAAGGUGUCUUUCCGGCUGGACGUCACAGAGCCGGAGCCUGAGUCCCCCGCCCUGGAGAGACCUGGCCGCAGGGAGCCUCUGGUGGUCAGGGAGCAUGAGGACAUUGUCCUGACGGCCACGCUGGCCACACCCUCUGUGGCCGCGGUGACGUGGCUCAAGGAUGGUGUGGAGAUUCGCCGAAGCAAGCGGCAUGAAACAGCCAGCCUGGGGGACACCCACACCCUGACCAUCCACGGGGCCCAGACCCUGGACAGCGCAGUCUACAGCUGCCGUGUGGGCACGGCAGGGCAGGACUUCCCCGUGCAGGUGGAAGAGGUGGCCACCAAGUUCUGCCAGCCCCUGGAGCCUGUGAGCGGGGAGCUGGGGGACACAGUGACGCUGGUGUGUGAGCUGAGCCCGCCCCAGGCCGAGGUCGUGUGGCGCUGCGGGAGCACACAGCUCCGGGCUGGGAAGCGCUUCCAGAUUGAAGCCACUGGGCCCCAGCGCUCCCUCACAGUGUCAGGCCUGAGGCUGGAGGAUGCGGGGGAGUACACGUGCGAGACCCGCAAUGACCGCACCAGCGCUCAGCUCACCGUCAACGCCCCCCGCACGGUCAAGUUCACAUCAGAGUUGAGGGCGGUGGUGGCCGAGGAAGGUGGAGAGGCCACCUUCCAGUGCGUGGUGUCCCCGGGCGACUCGGCAGUCACGUGGUUCCGGGACGGUGCCUUGCUGCAGCCCAGCCAGAAGUUUCUCAUCUUCCAAAGUGACUCCAGCCACAGCCUGACCAUCUCUGGCCUGACCCUGGAGGACGCUGGCCAGAUCACUGCAGAGGCUGAGGGUGUCCAGUCCUCAGCUGCUCUCCGGGUGCGAGAGGCUCCGGUGCUAUUCAGAAAGAAGCUGGAACCCCAGACAGUGGAAGAGCGGAGCUCAGUGACCAUGGAGGUGGAGCUGACACGGCCGUGGCCCGAUGUCAAGUGGACACGGAAUGCAGCAGCCCUGGCGCCAGGCAAGAACGUGGAGAUCCAUGCGGAAAGCACCAGUCACCGCUUGGUUCUGCACUGUGUGGGUUUCGCUGACCGUGGCUUCUAUGGGUGCGAGACUCCAGACGACAAGACGCAGGCCAAGCUCACCGUGGAAAUGCGCCGGGUCCGGCUCAUGCGGGGCCUACAGGCGGUGGAGGUGUCCGAGCAGGGCACAGUCAGCAUGGAGGUGGAGCUGUCCCAUGCUGACGUGGAGGGCAGCUGGACGCGGGAUGGCCUGCGGCUGCAGCCAGGGCCCACGUGCCAGCUGGCCGUGCAUGGCCCCAUCCACACGCUCACGCUGUUGGACCUGCGGCCGCAGGAUGGCGGCCUCGUCGCCUUCAAAGCUGAGGGGGUGCACACGUCCGCGCGGCUCAUGGUAACUGAGCUGCCUGUGAGGUUCAGCCGCCCCCUGGAGGACAUGGUGGCCACAGAAAAGGACAAGGUGACCCUGGAGUGUGAGCUGUCACGCCCCAAUGUGGAUGUGCGCUGGCUGAAGGAUGGUGUGGAGCUGCGGGUGGGCAAGACAGUGGGCAUGGUGGCCCAGGGUGCCUGUCGGAGUCUCGUCAUUUACCGGUGUGAGCUCGGGGACCAGGGCAUGUACGUGUGUGACGCCCGCGACGCUCAGAGCUCAGCCUCCCUGAAGGUGCAAGGUCGCAAAGUCCAGAUCGUGAGGCCCCUGGAGGACAUGGAGGUGAUGGAGAAGGAGGGUGCCACGUUCUCCUGUGAGGUCUCGCUCGACGAGGUGCCGGCCCAGUGGUUCUGGGAGGGCACUAAGCUUCGGCCCAGUGACAACGUGCGCACCCGCCAGGAAGGAAGGAAAUACACUCUCAUCUUCCGGAGGGUCCUGGCAGAAGAUGCCGGGGAGAUCAAAUUUGUCGCGGAAAAUGCAGAAUCACGAGCACAGCUCCGAGUGAAAGAGCUGCCGGUGGCCAUCCUGCGGCCGUUGCGGGACAAGAUAGCCAUGGAGAAGCACCGCGGCGUGCUGGAGUGCCAGAUGUCUCGGGCCAGCGCGCAGGUACAGUGGUUCAAGGGCAGUGUGGAACUGCAGCCCGGGCCCAAGUACGAGAUGGUCAGUGACGGCCUCUACCGGAAGCUAAUCAUCAAGGAUGUGCAGCCCGAGGAUGAGGACACGUACACCUGCGACGCUGGAGACGUGAAGACCAGCGCCCAGUUCUUCGUGGAAGAGCAAUCCAUCACCAUCGUGCGCGGCCUGCAGGACGUGACCGUGAUGGAGCCUGCCCCCGCCUGGUUCGAGUGCGAGACCUCCAUUCCGUCGGUGCGGCCGCCCAAGUGGCUCCUGGGAAAGACGAUGCUGCAGGCGGGGGCGAACGUGGGCAUGGAGCAGGAGGGCACGGUGCAUCGCCUGACGCUGCGGCGCACCUGCUCCACCAUGACUGGGCCUGUGCACUUCACCAUUGGCAAGUCGCGCUCCACCGCGCGCCUGGUGGUCUCAGACAUCCCGAUGGUGCUCACGAGGCCGCUGGAGCCCAAGGUGGGGCGCGAGCAGCAGUCGGUGGUCCUGUCCUGCGACUUCAAGCCGCCCCCCAAGGCUGUGCAGUGGUACAAGGAGGACACUCCCCUGGCACCCUCUGAGAAAUUCAAGAUGAGCCUGGAGGGCCACAUGGCGGAGCUGCGAAUCCUCCGCCUCACACCCGCGGACGCCGGUGUCUACCGGUGCCAAGCCGGCAGCGCCCAGAGCAGCACGGAGGUCACCGUGGAAGCGCGUGAGGUGACCGUGACGCAGCCGUUGCAGGACACAGAAGUCACGGAGGAGAGCCGAGCCUCUUUCUUCUGUGAGCUGUCCCAUGAGGACGAGGAGCUGGAGUGGUCGCUCAACGGCACGCCUCUGUACAAUGACAGCUUCCAUGAGAUCACCCACGAGGGCCAGCGCCACACGCUGGUGCUGAAGCGGGUUCGGCGGGCGGACGCGGGCACCGUGCACGCCUGCUCCCCCAAGGUGUCGGCUACUGCCCGCCUAGAGGUCAAAGCAAAGCCAGUGGUGUUCCUGAAGGCUCUCGAUGAUGUGUCCGUGGAGGAGCGGGGCACGCUGGCCCUGCAGUGCGAGGUCUCGGACCCCCAGGCUCGCGUGGUGUGGCGGAAAGACAGCGUGGAACUGGGCCCCAGCGACAAGUACGACUUCUUGCACACGGCGGGCACGCGCGGGCUUGUGGUGCAUGACCUGAGUCGGGACGACACCGGCCUCUACACUUGCAGCGUCGGCUCCGAGGAGACCCACGCCAGAGUCAGUGUUCACGACCUACACGUGGGCAUCACCAAGAGACUGAAGAUGGUGGAGGUGCUGGAGGGCCAGAGUUGCACGUUCGAGUGUGUCCUGUCCCACGAGAACACCGGCGACGUGGCCACGUGGACCGUGGGUGGGAAGACGGUGGGUGGCUCGGGCCGCUUCCGGGCCAGCCGCCAGGGCCGCAAGUACACCCUGGCUGUCCAAGAUGCUGCUCCUAGUGACGCUGGGGAGGUGAUGUUCUCCAUACUGGACCUCACCUCCAAGGCCUCCCUCAUCGUCCGAGAGAGGCCCGCGGACAUCGUGAAGCCCCUGGAAGACCAGCAGGCUGCUCCGGGCGAGGAUGUGGUGCUGAGCUGUGAGCUGUCCCGGGCCGGCACCCCAGUGCGCUGGCUGAGGGACGGGAAGGCCAUUCGCAAGAGUCAGAAGUAUGACCUCGUCGUGGACGGUCCUCGGGCCAUGCUGGUGGUCCAUGCUGUCUCGCCCAAGGACUCCGGCGAGUACACGUGUGAGACAGAGGCUUCCAAGAGCACAGCGAGCCUCCGUGUGGAAGAAAAGGCAAACCGGUUCACGGAGGAGCUGGCUGAUCUGCAGGGGACGGAGAAGGGCACGGCCGUGUUUGUGUGCAGGACUGAACGGCCUGCCGCCGUGGUGAUCUGGCGUAAGGGGCUUACGGAGCUGCCUGCCUCAGGGAAGCACACACCCAGCCAGGAUGGCCUGACCCUGAAGUUGACCAUCAGUGCCCUGACCAAGGCAGACAGUGACACCUACACCUGCGACAUCGGCCAGGCCUGCUCCCAGGCCCGGCUCCUGGUGCAGGGCCAGAGGGUGCUCAUCACAGAGGACCUGGAGGAUGUGGAGGUGCGCGAGGGCUCGUCAGCCACCUUCUCCUGCCGCAUCUCCCCCGCCAACUACGGGCCUGUGCAGUGGUUCCUGGAUCAGACGCCCCUGCACCCCAAUGAGCUCAAUGAGAUCCAGGCUCAGCCCGGCGGGUACCACGUGCUCACCCUUCGGCAGCUGGCUCUCAAGGACUCAGGCACCAUCCACUUUGAGGCGGGAGACCAGCGGGCCUCAGCCACCCUGCAGGUCACAGAAAAGCUGAGUGUGUUCUCCCGUGAGCUCAUAGACGCUACUGUCACAGAGGGGGAGGACCUGACCCUGAUCUGUGACACCACCACCUCGGACAGCCCCGUGUCCUGGACCAAGGACGGGAAGGCCCUGCGGCCAUCGGCUCGCUGCCAGCUGAGCCAGGAGGGCCACCGGGUCCAGCUGGUCAUUACUGGAGCCACCCUGCAGGACGGUGGGCGCUACAAGUGUGAGUCUGGGGGCUCCUGGACCAGCUCCAUUGUCAGGGUCCACGCACGGCCAGCACGCUUCCGGGAGGGGCUGAAGGACCUGGAGGUGCUGGAGGGUGGGGCUGCCACUCUGCGCUGCAAGCUCUCGUCUGUGGUCGCGCCCGUGGAGUGGCGCCGUGGAGAGGAGGUUCUGCGGCCUGGGCCCAAGUACAGUUUGCAUCAGGAGGGCACGGUGCUCGAGCUAGUGGUCCGGCACCUGCGGCCCCAGGACAGCGGGCCAUACUCCUGCUGCUUCGGGGACCAGAGGACCAUGGCCACGCUCACUGUGAAGGCCUCACCUGCUGAGUUCAUAGGGAGAAUGAGAAGCAAGGAGGCCACGGAAGGGGCCACAGCCACACUGCGCUGUGAGCUGAGCAAGGAGGCCCCCGUGGAGUGGAAGAAGGGGUCCGAGACCCUCAGAGCUGGGGACAGAGUCAGCCUGAGGCAGGAUGGGACCACGUGUGAGCUGGAGAUCCGUGACCUGGCCGUGGCAGAUGCCGGGGAGUACUCGUGUGUGUGCGGGCAGGAGAGGACAUCAGCCACGCUGACCAUCAUGGCCCUGCCUGCUGAAUUCAUAGGGAGACUGAGAAGCAAGGAGGCCAUGGAAGGGGCCACGGCCAUGCUGCACUGUGAGCUGAGCAAGGCAGCCCCUGUGGAGUGGAGGAAGGGGUCUGAGACCCUCAGAGCUGGGGACAGAGUCAGUCUGAGGCAGGAUGGGACCACGUGUGAGCUGGAGAUCCGUGACCUGGCUGUGGCAGAUGCUGGGGAGUACUUGUGUGUGUGCGGACAGGAGAGGACAUCAGCCACACUGACCAUCAAAGCCCUUCCUGCCAAGUUCACAAAAAGUCUCAAGGCUGAGGAGGCCGUGGAAGGGGCCACGGCCAUGCUGCACUGUGAGCUGAGCAAGGGAGCCCCUGUGGAGUGGAGGAAGGGGUCCGAGACCCUCAGAGCUGGGGACAGAGUCAGCCUGAGGCAGGAUGGGACCACGUGUGAGCUGGAGAUCCGUGGCCUGGCCGUGGCAGAUGCUGGAGAGUACUCGUGUGUGUGUGGGCAGGAGAAGACAUCAGCCACGCUGACCAUCAGGGCCCUGCCCGCCAAGUUCACCAAGGGCCUGAGGAAGGAAGAAGCCACGGAAGGGGCCACGGCCAGACUGCGCUGUGAGCUGAGCAAGGAGGCCCCCGUGGAGUGGAAGAAGGGGUCUGAGACCCUCAGAUCUGGGGACAGAGUCAGCCUGAGGCAGGAUGGGACCACGUGUGAGCUGGAGAUCCGUGGCCUGGCCGUGGCAGAUGCCGGGGAGUACUCGUGCGUGUGCGGGCAGGAGAUGACAUCAGCCACGCUGACCAUCAGGGCCCUGCCUGCCAAGUUCACCAAGGGCCUGAGGAAGGAAGAAGCCACGGAAGGGGCCACGGCCAGACUGCGCUGUGAGCUGAGCAAGGAGGCCCCUGUGGAGUGGAAGAAGGGGUCCGAGACCCUCAGAUCUGGGGACAGAGUCAGCCUGAGGCAGGAUGGGACCACAUGUGAGCUGGAGAUCUGUGGCCUGGCCGUGGCAGAUGCCGGGGAGUACUCCUGUGUGUGCGGGAAGGAGAGGACAUCAGCCACGCUGACCGUCAGGGCGCUGCCUGCUCAGUUCAUCCAAGAUCUAAAGAUCAAGGAGGCCUCAGAAGGAGCCACAGCCACACUGCACUGUGAGCUGAGCAAGGAGGCCCCCGUGGAGUGGAAGAAGGGGUCCGAGACCCUCAGAGCUGGGGAUAGAGUCAGCCUGAGGCAGGAUGGGACCACGUGUGAGCUGGAGAUCCGUGGCCUGGCCGUGGCAGAUGCCGGGGAGUAUGCAUGCGUGUGUGGGCAGGAGAGGACAUCAGCCACGCUGACCGUCAUGGCCCUGCCCGCCAAGUUCACCAAGGGCCUGAGGAAGGAAGAAGCCACGGAAGGGGCCACGGCCAGACUGCGCUGUGAGCUGAGCAAGGAGGCCCCCGUGGAGUGGAAGAAGGGGUCUGAGACCCUCAGAUCUGGGGACAGAGUCAGCCUGAGGCAGGAUGGGACCACGUGUGAGCUGGAGAUCCGUGGCCUGGCCGUGGCAGAUGCCGGGGAGUACUCGUGUGUGUGCGGGCAGGAGAUGACAUCAGCCACGCUGACCAUCAGGGCCCUGCCUGCCAAGUUCACAAAAAGUCUAAGGGAUGAGGAGGCCACAGAAGGUGCCACAGCCAUGCUGCGCUGUGAGCUGAACAAGGCAGCCCCCGUGGAGUGGAGGAAGGGGUCCGAGACCCUCAGAGCUGGGGACAGAGUCAGCCUGAGGCAGGAUGGGACCACAUGUGAGCUGGAGAUCCUUGGUCUGGCCGUGGCAGAUGCCGGGGAGUACGCAUGCGUGUGUGGGCAGGAGAGGACAUCAGCCACGCUGACCGUCAUGGCCCUGCCUGCCAAGUUCACCAAGGGCCUGAGGAAGGAAGAAGCCACGGAAGGGGCCACGGCCAGACUGCGCUGUGAGCUGAGCAAGGAGGCCCCCGUGGAGUGGAAGAAGGGGUCUGAGACCCUCAGAUCUGGGGACAGAGUCAGCCUGAGGCAGGAUGGGACCACGUGUGAGCUGGAGAUCCGUGGCCUGGCCGUGGCAGAUGCCGGGGAGUACUCGUGUGUGUGCGGGCAGGAGAUGACAUCAGCCACGCUGACCAUCAGGGCCCUGCCUGCCAAGUUCACAAAAAGUCUAAGGGAUGAGGAGGCCACAGAAGGUGCCACAGCCAUGCUGCGCUGUGAGCUGAACAAGGCAGCCCCCGUGGAGUGGAGGAAGGGGUCCGAGACCCUCAGAGCUGGGGACAGAGUCAGCCUGAGGCAGGAUGGGACCACAUGUGAGCUGGAGAUCCUUGGUCUGGCCGUGGCAGAUGCCGGGGAGUACGCAUGCGUGUGUGGGCAGGAGAGGACAUCAGCCACGCUGACCGUCAUGGCCCUGCCUGCCAAGUUCACCAAGGGCCUGAGGAAGGAAGAAGCCACGGAAGGGGCCACGGCCAGACUGCGCUGUGAGCUGAGCAAGGAGGCCCCCGUGGAGUGGAAGAAGGGGUCCGAGACCCUCAGAUCUGGGGACAGAGUCAGCCUGAGGCAGGAUGGGACCACGUGUGAGCUGGAGAUCCGUGGCCUGGCCGUGGCAGAUGCCGGGGAGUACUCGUGCGUGUGCGGGCAGGAGAUGACAUCAGCCACGCUGACCAUCAUGGCCCUGCCCGCCAAGUUCACCAAGGGCCUGAGGAAGGAAGAAGCCACGGAAGGGGCCACGGCCAGACUGCGCUGUGAGCUGAGCAAGGAGGCCCCCGUGGAGUGGAAGAAGGGGUCUGAGACCCUCAGAUCUGGGGACAGAGUCAGCCUGAGGCAGGAUGGGACCACGUGUGAGCUGGAGAUCCGUGGCCUGGCCGUGGCAGAUGCCGGGGAGUACUCGUGUGUGUGCGGGCAGGAGAUGACAUCAGCCACGCUGACCAUCAGGGCCCUGCCUGCCAAGUUCACAAAAAGUCUAAGGGAUGAGGAGGCCACAGAAGGUGCCACAGCCAUGCUGCGCUGUGAGCUGAACAAGGCAGCCCCCGUGGAGUGGAGGAAGGGGUCCGAGACCCUCAGAGCUGGGGACAGAGUCAGCCUGAGGCAGGAAGGGAUCAUGUGUGCGCUGAAGAUCUGUGGCCUGGCUGUGACGGAUGCUGGGGAGUACUCGUGCAUGUGUGGGCAGGAGAGGACAUCGGCCAAGCUUACUGUCAUGUCCCCACAGGUGGUAUUCAGGGAGCCCCUGCAGAGCCUGCAGGCUGAGGAGGGGGCCUCGGUUACCCUGCGGUGUGAACUGUCCCAGCCCAACGCCGCUGUGGUCUGGAGCAAGGGCGGCCUAGAGGUGCAGGCUGACGGGCGCAGGGAGCCUCGGCAGCGGGGCCCCAUAGUGGAGCUUGUACUGCGGGACCUGCGCCGGGAGGACACAGGCGAAUACGCAUGUGCCUGUGGACCCCAGGCUACCAGUGCCACCCUCACUGUUACAGCUGCACCUGUGCGGUUCCUGCGGGAGUUGCAGGCCCAGGAGGUGGACGAGGGCGCCACGGCGCGCCUGCGCUGCGAGCUGAGCCGAGAGGGCGCCAGCGUGGAGUGGCGGAAAGGGUUUCUGCAGCUCUUCCCGUGCGCCAAAUACCAGAUGGUGCAGGAGGGCAGGACCGCUGAGCUGCUGGUGCAGGGCGCGGAGCCGGAGGACUCAGGCCACUACACCUGCAACGCGGGCGACUCGCAGAGCACUGCUAGCCUCUCCAUCCGAGCCCCUAGGCCUGUAUUCCGGGAGGAGCUGCAGAGCACGGAGCAGGAUGCCGGCAGUGUGGCCCGGCUGCGCUGUGAGCUGAGCGGGACAGAGUCUGGUGUCCCCGUGCAGUGGCUCAAGGAGGGUGUGGAGCUGCACGGGGGCCCCAAAUAUGAGAUAAGGCGCCUGGGGACCACAUGUGAGCUGCUGAUCCACGGGCUGGAGGCCAAGGACACGGGCGAGUAUGUCUGCCUUGCCGGCAGCCAGAAAACCGUGGCCUAUGUCAGGGUCAGAGAGCCGGAGGUGACCAUUGUGCGGGGGCUGGAGGAUGCCGAGGUGCAGGUGGAUGGGGACGUGGAGUUCACUUGUGAGGUGUCACGGGACGGAGUCACCAAUGUGGAGUGGCGUCUCCAGGGCCUGCCGCUGCAGAACAAUGAGGUGACGGAAGUGUCUGUGCGGGGAGGCCGCACCCACACUCUCCGGCUGACGGGCGUGACCCCCGAGGAUGCAGGCACCAUCUCUUUCCACGUGGGCGUCCACACGUCCUCUGCCCAGCUCACUGUCCGAGUCCCUGAGGUGACCAUUCUGGAGCCCUUGCAGGACCUGCAGCUCAGCGAGGGCCGGGACGCCCAUUUCAGGUGCCAGCUGUCCAGGGCCUCUGGCCAGGAGGCCCGCUGGGCCCUGGGAGGGGUGCCGCUGCAGGCCAAUGAGAUGAAUGACAUCACUGUGGAAGAUGGCACGCUCCAUCUCCUCACCCUGCACAAGGUGACCCUAGAGGAUGCUGGAACCAUCAGUUUCCAAGUGGGCUCAUGUAGCUCGGAGGCCCAGUUAAAGGUCACAGAGGCGGCCCCAUGCCUGGUACGUGGCUUGCAGAAUGUGGACGUCUUUGCGGGGGAGGUGGCCACGUUCUCCUGUGAGGUGUCCCGCGCCGGUGGGCCGGAGGCCCGCUGGUGGCUGGAUGGCACCCUACUGCAGGACAGCCCCCAGAGCGCCAUCUCCGUGCGUGACGGGACCUUCCACUCCCUCACGCUCUCGGGCCUGGGGGUUGCCGACUCAGGCACCAUCACCUACCGUGCAGGGCCCCUGGUCUCCACGGCCAAGCUGUUGGUCAAAGAUCCCACGGUGGAGGUGGUCAGUGCCAUGCAGGACCUGGUGGUGGAGGAGGGCAGCCCGGCAGAGCUCCUCUGCCAGUACUCGCGGCCCGUGCAGGCCACGUGGAAGAUGGACGAACAGGAGGUGCGCGCUGACGGGCGCCGUGUCGUCAUAGAGCAGGACUGGACCGUGGCCAGGCUGUCCUUCAGGCCGGCCUUUCCUUGCGACAGUGGCAUCUAUUCUUGUGAGGCUGCGGGCACCCACGUGGCAGCCCUGCUCCAUGUGCGAGCCAAGAACACAGUGCUGCGUGGCCUGGAGAACGUGGACGCGCUGGAAGGUGGCGAGGCGCUGUUCGAGUGCCAGCUGUCGCGCCCCGAGGUGGCUGCCCACAGCUGGCUGCUGGACGAUGAGCCCGUGCACACAUCAGAGAAUGCAGAGGUGGUCUACUUCGACAAUGGCCUGCGUCACCUGCUGCUGCUCAAGAACCUGCGGCCACAGGACAGCUGCCGGGUCACCUUUCUGGCGGGGGACGUGGUGACGUCCGCGUUCCUCACGGUCAGAGGCUGGCGCCUGGACGUCCUAGAGCCACUGCAAGACGCCACGGUGCGAGCCGGGGUGCAAGCCCGCUUCACCUGCACGCUCAGCGAGGCGGUGCCGGUGGGCGAGGCGACCUGGUACAUCAACGGGGCUGCUGUGCAGCCAGACGACCCUGACUGGACGGUCACCGCAGAUGGCAACCACCAUGCCUUGUUGCUGCACAGUGCCCAGAUGCACCAUGCUGGCGAGGUCACUUUCGCCGCCCGCGAUGCCGUGGCCUCUGCACGGCUCACCGUACUGGGCAUCCCGGAUCCCCCAGAGGACGCCGAGGUGGUGGCGAGGAGAGGCCGCUCCGUGACGCUGUCAUGGGUGGCACCUGCAAGCGACGGUGGCAGCGGUCUCUGCGGCUAUCGUGUGGAGAUGAAGGCGGCCGCCACGGGCGAGUGGCACCUGUGCCAUGAACUGGUACCCGGGCCGGAGUGCGUGGUGGAUGGCCUGGCCCCCGGGGAGACCUACCGCUUCCGCGUGGCGGCUGUGGGCCCAGCGGGGGCUGGGGAGCCCGUGCACCUGCCACAGACAGUGAGACUGGAGCCCCAGGAGCCUGAACCUGCGCCGCCAGCUCCCGUGCAGGGGGCUCCAGCGUGCCCCGCUCCCGUGCCCCCAGUUCCCACGCACCCCGCUCCCGAGAGCCGGCAGGUGGUUGCUGGCGAGGACGUGUGUUUGGAGUGUGAGGUCACUGAGGCGGGUGAGGUCAUCUGGCUGAAGGGGACAGAGCUCAUCCAGCCCAGCGGGCGCUUCCAGGUUCUCUGCCGGGGUCAGCAGCAGACGCUGGUCAUCCGGGGAUUCUCGGCGGAGGACCAGGGCGAGUACCGCUGUCGCCGCACCCAGGACCCCACCUCCCCUGCAGCUGCCACUUUCCAGGUGGUGCUGACCCCCGGGUGUGGGGAUGAGACCCCUGCACAGCCCAGCCUCCCCCCUGAGGCAGCCCAGGAGGGCGACCUGCACCUGCUGUGGGAGGCCCUGGCCCGGAAGCGCCGCAUGAGCCGUGAGCCCACGCUGGACUCCAUCAGUGAGCUGCCCGAGGAGGACGGUCGCCUGCAGCGUCUGGGACAGGAGGCAGAGGAAGCAGCCCCUGACCUCUCGGAGGACUACUCCACAGCAGACGAGCUGGCACGAACUGGCGAGGCUGACCUCUCACAAACCAGCUCUGACGAUGAGUCCCGGGCAGGCACUCCUUCCCUGGUUGCCUACCUCAAGAAGGCUGGGAGGCCCAGCACCUCACCACUGGCCAGCAAGGCUGGGGUCCCCACAGUCCUACCUGGGAAGCCACAGAAGCAUCAGGACCAGCCAGCGGCCACUCGCCCACCACCAGGAGACCUGAGUGCCGAGGACCUGAGUGACCCAUCCAUGGACAAGGCAGCCGUGAAGAUCCAGGCUGCCUUCAAGGGCUACAAGGUCCGCAAGGAGAUGAAGCAGCAGGAGGGACCUGUGUUCUCCCGCACGUUCGGGGACACCGAGGCACAGGUGGGGGAUGUCCUGCGUCUGGAGUGUGUGGUGUCCAGCAAGUCGGACGUACGUGCCCGCUGGCUGAAGGAUGGCAUGGAGCUGGCGGACGGUCGGCACCACCACAUCGACCAGCUUAGCGACGGCACCUGCUCCCUGCUGGUCACGGGCCUGGGCCGGGCGGACGCCGGCCGCUACACCUGUCAGGUGAGCAGCAAGUUCGGCUGCGUGGCCCAUAGCGCUUGUGUGGUGGUCAGUGGGACUGAGAGCGAGGCAGAGAGCUCCUCGGGGGGUGAGCUGGACGACGCCUUCCGCCGGGCAGCCCGGCGGCUACACCGGCUCUUCCGCACCAAGAGCCCGGCUGAGGUCUCAGACGAAGAGAUCUUCCUCAGUGCGGAUGAGGGAUCUGCAGAGCCCGAGGAGCCUGCAGACCGGCAGAUGUACCGCGAAGACCAGCACUUCGUCCACAUCCACUUCGAGUCAUUGGACGAGGCCCACCGUGCGGCCACCUGCUUCCAGGAGAUGUUCGGCACCAUGGGCAUCUUGGUGGACAUCGACCUGUCAGAGCAGGGGCCCAGGGGUGUGGAGAUGCGCAUCAGCAAGCUGGUUCCGCCCCCUGCUGCGCUGCAGGCGAUGGCGCCCUGUCCACUGACUGCGGAGGAGGCCGCCCCGGUAUUCCUGACUGAACUGCAGAACCAGGAGGUGCUGGACGGGUACCCCGUGAGCUUCGACUGUGUGGUGACUGGCCAGCCCGUGCCCACUGUAUGCUGGUUCAAGGACGGCCGGAUGCUGGAGGAGGACGACCACUACAUGAUCAGCGAAGACCAGCAGGGCGGUCACCAGCUCAUCAUCACAGCUGUAGUGCCCGCAGACAUGGGCGUAUACCGCUGCAUGGCUGAGAACAGCGUGGGUGUGUCGUCCACCAAGGCCGAGCUCCGCGUGGACCUGACCAGCACAGACUAUGAAACUGCAGCUGAUGCCACGGAGACCUCCUCCUACUUCAGCGCUCAGGGAUACCUGUCCAGCCGGGAGCAAGAGGGCAUGGAAUCAACCUCAGAGGAGGGCCAGCUGCCCCAGGUGGUGGAGGAGCUGAAGGACCUCCAGGUGGCCCCCGGCACACGCCUGGCCAAGUUCCAGCUCAAGGUGAAAGGCUACCCAGCACCCCGACUGUACUGGUUCAAAGACGGGCAGCUCCUGACGGCUUCUGAGCACAUCCACAUGGCGGACAGGAAGACGCUUCACACCCUGGAGGUCGUGUCGGUCACCCGUGAGGAUGCUGGCCAGUAUUCGGCCUACAUCAGCAACACUGUGGGCGCGGCCUACUCGUCUGCAUGGCUGCUGGUCCGAGGCCCCAAAGAUCCCGAAGAGAAGCCUGCAUCGGAUGUGGGCCAACAGCUGGUGCCACCCCGGUUCCUGGAAAGAUUCACCUCCAAGAAAGUAAAGAAAGGUUCCAGCAUCACCUUCUCAGUGAAGGUGGAAGGCUCUCCCGCCCCCACGGUGCAUUGGCUGCGGGAAGAGGCCGAGCGGGGCGUGCUGUGGAUCGGCCGGGACUCACCGGGCUACACGGUGGCCAGCUCAGCCCAGCAGCACAGUCUGGUCCUGCUGGACGUGGGCAGACAGCACCAGGGCACCUACACCUGCAUCGCCACCAAUGCCGCGGGCCAGGCCCUCUGCUCCGCCAGCCUGCACAUCUCUGGCUUGCCCAAGGAGGCGGGCGCUGCAGAGGAGCACGCUGGAGUGAAGGAGGCCCUCAUCUCCACCUUCCUGCAAGGGGCCCAAGCGGUGUCUGCACAGAUGACCGAGACCACGGGGUUUGCCGCUGAUAUCGCUGGGCAGAGGACAGCAGAGCCCACGGCGGUGGAGGCCCGUGGCCACCUGUCCCUGGCUGAGGUGGGCACAGAAGAGUUCCUGCAGAAGCUCACGUCCCAGAUCACUGAGAUCGUGUCGGCCAAGAUCACACAGGCCAAGCUGCAGGUGCCUGGAGGGGACAGUGAUGAGGAAUCCAAGACACCAUCUGCAUCCCCCCGGCACGGCCGUUCCCGCCCCUCCUCCAGUGUCCAGGAGUCGUCCUCAGAGUCGGAGGACGGGGACUCCCGAGGCGAGAUCUUCGAUAUCUAUGUGGUCACGGCUGACUACCUGCCCCUGGGGGCCGAGCCAGAUGCCAUCUCCCUGCGGGAAGGCCAGUACGUGGAGGUGCUGGACUCGGCCCACCCCCUGCGCUGGCUUGUACGCACCAAGCCCACCAAGUCCAGCCCCUCACGGCAAGGCUGGGUGUCCCCUGCCUACCUAGACAAGCGGCUCAAGCAGCUGUCGCCUGAGUGGGGGCCCAGUGAGGCUCCCGAGUUCCCAGGGGAGGCCGUGUCUGAAGAUGAAUACAAGAUGAGGCUGAGCUCUAUCAUCCAGGAGCUGCUGAGCUCUGAGCAGGCCUUUGUGGGCGAGCUGCACUUCCUGCAGAAGCACCACAUCCAGCACCUGGACCGCUGCCCGCAUGUGCCCACGGCUGUGGCCAGCCAGAAGGCAGUCAUCUUCCGCAACGUGCAGGACAUCAGCCACUUCCACAGCAGCUUCCAGCAGGAGCUGCAGAGCUGUGACACAGAUGACGAUGUGGCCAUGUGCUUCAUCAAGAACCAGGCAGCCUUUGAGAAGUACCUGGAGUUCCUGGUGGGCCGCGUGCAGGCCGAGUCAGCAGUGGUGGGCACGGCUGUGCAGGAGUUCUACAAGAAGUACACAGAGGAGGUGCUGUCUGCCGCAGACCCUUCGCAGCCGCCCCCACCGCCCCUGCAGCACUUCCUGGAGCAGCCCGUGGAGCGGGUCCAGCAGUACCAGGCCCUGCUCAAGGAGCUGAUCCGCAACAAGGCGAGGAACGGGCAGAACUGUGCACUUCUGGAGCAGGCCUAUGCGGUGGUGUCCGCCCUGCCGCAGCGUGCGGAGAACCAGCUGCACGUGUCGCUCAUGGAGAACUACCCAGGCACCCUGGAGGCACUGGGCGAGCCCAUCCGCCAGGGCCAUUUCAUCGUAUGGGAGGGGGCACCGGGCGCGCGGAUGCCCUGGAAGGGCCAUCACCGCCACGUCUUCCUGUUCCGCCACCACCUGGUGGUCUGCAAGCCCAGAAGGGAUUCCCGCACUGACACUUUCAGCUAUGUCUUCCGGAACAUGAUGAAGCUGAGCAGCAUCGACCUGAACGACCAGGUGGAAGGUGACGACCGUGCCUUCGAGAUCUGGCACGAGCGGGAGGACUCGGUGCGCAAGUACCUGCUGCAAGCACGCACGGUCAUCACCAAGAACUCGUGGGUGAAGGAGAUCUGUGGCAUCCAGCAGCGCCUGGCCCUGCCUGUGUGGCACCCCCCAGAUUUUGAGGAGGAGCUGGCGGACUGCACAGCAGAGCUUGGUGAGACAGUGAAGCUGGCCUGCCGUGUGACGGGCACCCCCAAGCCUAUCGUCAGCUGGUACAAAGAUGGGAAGCCAGUGGAGGUGGAUCCACACCACAUCCUCAUCGAAGACCCUGACGGCUCCUGUGCCCUUAUCCUGGACAACCUGACCGGCAUGGAUUCGGGCCAGUACAUGUGCUUUGCGGCCAGCACUGCCGGCAAUGCUAGCACACUGGGCAAAAUCCUGGUGCAAGUACCCCCACGGUUCGUGAAGAAGGUCCAGGCCAUUCCUUUUGUGGAGGGAGAGGACGUGCAGGUCACCUGCACUGUCGAAGGCGCCCCACACCCUCAGAUCAGGUGGUACAAGGACGGGGCCCUGCUGACACCCAGCACCAAGUACCGAACCCUGAGUGAGCCCCGAAGUGGUCUGCUGGUGCUGGAGAUCCUGGCGGCCAGCAAGGAUGACCUGGGCCAUUACGAGUGCGAGUUGGUGAACCGGCUGGGCUCUGCAAGGGGCGGGGUAGAGCUGUGCAUGCAGAGCCCUGCUGUGCGGGCCCGGGAGCAGCUUCGCAGGGAGCAACUUGCCACUGUGGAAGAUGCUGCAGUCCCUCCCCCAGUUGCCCUGGAACCAGCAGACCAGGAAGUCACAGUGUGCCCUGAGUCUCCAGGAUCCUCCACAGGGGACCAUGCUGGCCCCAGCCCUGGCCGUGGGGGGCCACCCAAAUUCCAGGAGGCUGGCCCCCAACCCCCAGGCACAGAGGCUGCAGCUGCAUCUGAUGAGGCCCAGUGGCCUCAGGCUGAUUGGCAAGCGCCACCUGCUCUCAGAGUCCCGCCUGUGCUGGCCCCAGCCUCAGCCACCCCAGUUGAGCCCCAGAAGGUGCCACAGCCUCUCCCCAAGCAGGGCCAGGAGCGGGACUUGGGAGCCCACACUGAGGACCAGGGCCGUGUCGUGCCCAUCCGGAUGGAAGGCACAGCCUGGCCAGGGGCAGGUGCGGUGCCGCUAUGGGACAUCCACAGCCAAGUGUUCAUGGAGACCACCCACAGGACAUACGUGUACCAGGCCAGCGAUGCGGCUGCUACAAGGCCCCCGUCCAUGCAGGUCACCAUCGAAGAUGUGCAGGCACAGAGGGGCAGCACAGCCCAGUUCCAGGCGGUCAUUGAGGGCAACCCGCAGCCCAUGGUGACCUGGUACCGGGACGAUGCCAAGCUGUUGGACGGCGCCCGGCUGAGCCAGCAGCAGGACGGGACCACCUACUCCCUGGUGCUGAGGGACGUGACCCAGCACGAUGCCGGUGUCUACACAUGCAUGGCCCGCAACGCUGGCGGCCAGGUGCUAUGUAAAGCAGAGCUGGUAGUCCACGGGGGAGACGGCGAGCUGGAGUCGGAGAAGCAAAGUUAUCGAAGGAAACUGCACUCUUUCUACGAGGUCAAGGAGGAAAUUGGAAGGGGCGUGUUCGGCUUCGUGAAGAGGGUGCAACACAAGGGAAACCAGAUGUUCUGCGCAGCCAAGUUCAUCCCCCUGCGGAGCAGGACGCGCACACAGGCGUAUCGCGAACGGGACAUCCUGGCCACGCUGAGCCACCCUCUGGUCACCGGGCUGCUGGACCAGUUUGAGACCCGGAAGACCCUGAUCCUUGUGCUGGAGCUAUGCUCGUCAGAGGAGCUACUAGACCGUCUGUUCAAGAAGAAUGUGGUGACAGAGGCUGAGGUCAAGGUCUACGUCCAGCAGCUGGUUGAGGGGCUGCAAUACCUGCAUAGCCAGAGUGUUCUCCACCUGGACAUAAAGCCCCCCAACAUCCUGAUGGUGCACCCUGCUCGGGAAGACAUUAAAAUCUGCGACUUUGGCUUUGCCCAAAAAAUCACCCCAGGAGAGCCACAGUACAGCAAGUACGGCUCCCCAGAAUUUGUGUCCCCAGAGAUCAUUGAGCAGACCCCUGUGAGCGAAGCCUCCGACAUCUGGGCCAUGGGGGUCAUCUCCUACCUCAGCCUGACCUGCUCAUCCCCAUUCGCUGGUGAGAGUGACCGAGCCACCCUCCUGAACAUUCUGGAGGGGCGGGUGUCCUGGAGCAGCCCGGCAGCUGCCCACCUCAGUGAUGAUGCCCGGAACUUCAUCAAGGCUGCCCUGCAGAGGGCUCCUGAGGCUCGGCCCAGUGCAGCCAAGUGCCUCGCCCACCCCUGGUUCCAGAGGUCUGUGCCCGCGGAGGAGGCCCACUUCAUCAACACCAAGCAGCUCAAGUUCCUGCUGGCCCGCAGCCGCUGGCAGCGCUCCCUGAUGAGCUACAAGUCCAUCCUGGUGAUGCGCUCCAUUCCCGAGCUGCUCCAGGGCCCGCCCGACAGCCCGUCCCUCGGGGUGGCCCGGCACCUGCGCGGCGACGCCAGCGCCUCGUCCAGCAGCUCGUCCUCUUCGUCUGACAACGAGCUGGCCCCCUUCGCCCGGGCCAGGUCGCUGCCGCCAUCUCCGGUGACGCACUCGCCGCUGCUGCACCCGCGCGGCUUCCUGCGCCCGUCCGCCAGCCUCCCGGAAGAGACGGAGGCUUGCGGGCCCGCUGCGGCCGCGCCUCCGCGCACGCCGCCCGUGGGCGCCCCGGGCUGCGUGCCCCGGCACAGCGUGGUCCGCAGCCUCUUCUACCAGCAGGCGGGCGAGGGCCCGGAGCGCGGAGGCCCCGCCUCCGGCGGCCGGCGACACCCGGCCCGGCGGCGACACUUGCUUCAGGGCGGCUACUUCGCCUGCGCCCUGCCCGGCCUGCGCGAGCCGCUGCUGGAGCACCGCGCGCUGGAGGAGGAGGCCGCCCGGGAAGAGCAGGCCGCCCUGAUGGCCAAAGCGCCCUCCUUCGAGACCGCCCUGCGGCUGCCGGGCUCCAGCGCCCGCGGGGCUCCCGGCCGCAGCCGCUCCCUGGAGCUUGACCAGCCACACGCCGCAAGCUCCUCCACGGAGGCCUGUGGCGGAGGGCAGUGCCCUGGCCCGGCCCUCUCGGGCCUCCAGGCGGGCUCAGGGGAGGGCUGGCCAGGAGGGGUCACCUGCGCCAGGGAGAUGGAGCAUCUGGAGGGAUCCCAGCAGGGGCCACGACUGUUAAAGUCCGUCGGUGGCGACCUGGGGUCCACUCGGCAAGAGGGGUCCUGUCAGGACAGCUGUGGGGGGCAGCCCGCCCCUUCCUUUCAUCCCUUGGAAGGCUGUGGCCCCCAUAAGACUGUUACACCACAACCUUCUGGCUCCUUCCCUUCAAAGCAGUGCACGGGUGACUUGGCACACUUGAGCUCCUUCCUCUCUGGGGAGCUAACAGCCCCCGUCUCCCCAGCCCAAGAAAGCCCCCAGCCAGGCUCUAAGAAGGGACCAGAGCACACUCCUCUCCCUGGGAGGCUGAGUCUUCCUAGCGCCCCAGCACUGGCCUCCCCAGUGGGCACGGAGCCUGGCCCCUUACAGGAUGCGGAGGGCCUGGCCGUGGAGCUGGAGGACGCAUCAGAAGUCGAGCCCAGCCCACAGCGGCCUCAGGAGCAGGCCACCACACGGAAGUUCUCCGUGGGGGCGCACCGUGGGGGCUAUGCAGGAGUGGCAGGCUAUGGCACCUUUGCCUUUGGCGGGGACGCGGGGGGCAUGCUGGGGCAGGGCCCCCUGUGGGCCAGGAUGGCCUGGGCCACCUCUCAGUCCUCUGAGGAGCACGACGAUGCUGGGGCCCAGAGCCCGGCACCCCAGGCCAGCGCGGCACCCCCUCCUGAGGGCAGUGGGACAGCCCUAAGGGCCUCCCCGGAGCUGAGCACAUGGGAGGACUUCGGUGGAGGCUCCCAGGUGUCCCUGGUACAGAUCCGAGACCUGUCUGGGGACUCGGAAGGGGCCGACACGGUGUCCCUGGACAUCUCAGAGGUGGAGCCUGCCUAUCUCAACCUGUCUGACCUCUACGACAUCAAGUAUCUGCCCUUCGAGUUCAUGAUCUUCAGGAAAGUCCCCAAGCCUGUGCAGCCAGAGCCCCCACCGUCCCCUGAGUCUGAGGCCGGGGAGGAGCUGGCGGAGUUCCCAGAGGCUGGGUGGCCUUGGCCGGGUGCACUGGGCCCACCGGCCAGCUUGCAGAUCACAGAGGAGCCAGAGGACAUGGAGACCCUGCUCAGGGAGACUGUGGGCAGUAGGAAGCGCAAGUGGUCACACCCCUCGGGUGGCCUCUUCCACUUCCCAGGGAGGCACACGCUGCUGGAGGAACCCGUGGAGCUGGGUCUGCGCCGGAGGGUGAGGGCCUCCGUGGCCCACAUCUCCCGCCUGCUGAAGGGCAGGCCUGAAGGUCUGGAGAAAGAGAGCCCCCCCAGGAAGAAGGCAGGCCUGGCUUCCUUCCGGUUGGGCCUGAAGAAUAGGGACCGAGCGCCAUCAUUUUUAAGGGAGCUUGCAGACGAAACAGUGGUCCUGGGCCAGUCUGUGACUCUGGCCUGCCAAGUGUCGGCCCAGCCAGCUGUACAGGCCACCUGGACCAAAGAUGGGGCAACCCUGGAGAGCACCAGCCACAUCCUCAUCUCCUCCACACUCAAGAACUUCCAGCUUCUGACCAUCCUGGUGGUGAAGGCCGAGGACCUGGGGGUGUACACGUGCAGUGUGAGCAACACGCUGGGGACAGUGGCCACCACGGCUGUCCUCCGGAAGGCAGAGCGCCCCUCGUCUUCUCCACGCCCGGACAUCGGGGAGGUGUAUGCCGACGGGGUGCUGCUGGUCUGGAAGCCUGUGGAGUCCUACGGGCCUGUGACAUACAUUGUGCAGUGCAGCCUGGAAGGCGGCAGCUGGAGCACACUGGCUUCUGACGUCUUUGACUGCUGCCACCUCGCCACCAAGCUUUCCAGGGGUGGCAUGUACACUUUCCGGACGGCCUGUGUCAGCAAGGCAGGCAUGGGACCCUACAGCAGCCCCUCAGAGGAGGUCCUCCUGGGAGGGCCCAGCCACCUGGCCUCGGAGGAAGAGAGCCGUGUCCUGCCGCCAGCGCAGCCCCUCCCCAGCACGCAGACCUUCGCCUUCCAGACGCAGAUUCGAAGGGGCCGCUUCAGCGUGGUGCGGCAGUGCCGGGAGAAGGCCAGCGGACGCGCGCUGGCCGCGAAGAUCGUGCCCUACCGCCCCGAGGACAGGACUGCCGUGCUGCGCGAAUACGAAGCCCUCAAGAGCCUGCGUCACCCGCACCUGGCCCAGCUACACGCCGCCUACCUCAGCCCCCGGCACCUGGUUCUCAUCUUGGAGCUGUGCUCGGGACCCGAGCUGCUGCCCUGCCUAGCGGAGAGGGCCUGCUACUCGGAAUCGGAAGUGAAGGACUACCUGUGGCAGAUGCUGAGCGCCGCCCAGUACCUGCACGCCCAGCGCAUUCUGCAUUUGGACCUCAGGUCCGAGAACAUGAUCGUCACCGAGUACAACUUACUCAAGGUCGUCGACCUGGGCAACGCCCAAAACCUCGCCCAGGAGAGGGUCCAGCCCUCCGAGAGAUUCAAAGACUACGUGGAGACCAUGGCUCCUGAGCUCCUGGAGGGUCAGGGUGCCGUCCCGCAGACAGACAUCUGGGCCAUAGGCGUGACAGCCUUCAUCAUGUUGAGCGCGGAGUACCCCGUGAGCAGUGAAGGGACACGUGACAUGCAGAAAAGCCUUCGCAAGGGGCUAGUCCGUUUGAGUCGCUGCUAUGCGGGGCUGUCCGGCGGCGCCGUGGGUUUUCUCCGGAGCGCUUUGUGCGUUCACCCGUGGGGCCGGCCUUGCGCGUCCAGCUGCUUGCAGUGCCCGUGGCUAACGGAGGAGGGCCCUGCCGGCUUCCAGCCGGCGGCCGUGACCUUCCCAACUGCGCGCUUGCGCGCCUUCGUGCGCGAGCGAGAGAAGAGGCGGGCGCUGUUGUACAAGAAACACAACCUGGCCCAGGUUCACUGAGGACCUGGCCUGGCAGAGAGGAUGUGUGUGUGUGGGGAGGGUGGGGAGGUCGCCCUCCUGGGCUUCACCCCCUAGUGUUCCCGCUAGGACUUGCUGUAUACACACCGACACACCAAUAAAAAGCAGAACCGGA